AUGGCUCCUCCCGCGAUCAUCGCUCCCUCCAUUCUCAGCGCCAAUUUCGCCAAUUUGGGCCAUGACUGCUCCAAGAAGAUCGAGCAGGGUGCCGACUGGCUCCAUGUUGACAUCAUGGACGGCCACUUUGUGCCAAACAUGACCAUCGGAUGUCCCGUUGUCUCUCAGAUUCGUGGCUGCGUCGACCGUCCUUCCGAGCCCUGCGGCCGGGGCACCUUUGAUUGUCACAUGAUGAUCAUGGAGCCACACAAAUGGGUUCGUGAGUUCAAGAACGCCGGUUGCGACUUGUACUGUUUCCACUACGAAGCUGCGGUCUCCUCCGUUGCCGCGACCGAUCCCACCGAUAAAGAAACCACCGCCCGCACAAGCCCCAAGCAAUUGAUUCGCUACAUUCACGAAGAGGGUAUGCAGGCUGGUAUUGCGAUCAAGCCCGAUACCCCUGUUGAUGUGCUGUGGGAUAUCCUUGAGAGUGAAGACCCCGCGGAGCGACCUGACAUGGUCCUGGUCAUGACCGUGCACCCCGGUUUUGGAGGACAGAAAUUUAUGGCCUCGGAGCUUCCCAAGGUCGCCGCCCUGCGCGAACGCUAUCCCGAUCUGAACAUCGAAGUUGACGGAGGUCUCGGCCUGGGAACAAUUGACCAGGCUGCUGAUGCAGGCGCCAAUGUGAUCGUUGCAGGUUCGGCGGUCUUCGGCGCUCAGGAUCCCGCCGACGUGAUCGCGAAGCUGCGCGAGGCAGUACAGAAGCGUCGCGGUGUAGAGUCAUUGUAA